GACGUAUUGUGAUUUGAAAAUCCCAAACCGGAAGAGGAAGUGCGAUUCCUGUUUAACUUGUCGGUGUCAAAUGUGAAAACAGAGCAGCAGCAGUCAGCUGAGGAUCAACACGGCCGCUCGUCUCAGGAAGACAUGGAGCUGACGGAGGCGGAGCAGCGGCGGCAGGUGGAGGAGCAGGUGGAGAUGCUGCUGAGCGGUCAGGGGUCAGAGGUCAGCGGGUGUGACGUGGGCCUGGAACAGAGCAAACCAGCCACUCUGAGGAAGAACGUCACCUACAUCGUCUGCGGCGUCAUCUUCAACGACAAGGAGGAGGUGCUGAUGGUGCAGGAGGCGAAGCAGGACUGUUACAAGCAGUGGUACCUGCCUGCAGGGAGGGUGGAGGUCGGGGAGAAUCUGGAGGAGGCGCUGAGGAGGGAGGUGAGACACACACACACACACACACACACACACACACACAGUUCAGUGUUUUUUGGGUUGAGAACAAAGGAGCAAAAUUGUCUGCAGGUGAAGGAGGAGGCGGGGUUUGACUGUGAACCAAUCACGCUGCUGCUGAUCCAGGAGCAGGGACCACAGUGGAUCCGCUUCAUCUUCCUCGCCAAAAUCACAGGUGGGAGUUUAAAGGGUCCAUCAGCAGCUGAUCAGGAGUCUCUUCAGGCGUCCUGGUGGGACAGACAGUCUGCCCUCCCUCUGAGAGGACGAGACAUCCUCCGUCUCAUCGACUGCGGCCUCAAGUACCGUCAGGAUCCCUGGCAUCCUGUCACGUUACCUGUGGACCUGAGCUGCCGUCAUGUGGUGCAGAGACUUGUCCUGGUCUUCACCAACGCUGAGCAGCAGGUGUGGGUGCUGCUCAUCAAAGCCCCGACGCUCCACCUCCCCAUAGCAGCAGCAGUAAAGACCCAUGCAGUGACCUGGGCAGCCAACAUGGUGGUGCAGGAAGCCAUGCCGUCAGCGUACUACGACCAGGACGUGAACACGCUGGGCAUCUUCAGCCUGCAGCACAAUGGCAGACAGCACGGGAAGACAGAUGGCGUGUGCCUCAACACGCUGGUGGCGCUGGUGCCAGACCACGUCCAACGCAACGAGGACGGGGAGACUGUGGAGUGGAUGGGAACCGGUCAGCCUCCGUCUAUAGAAAACCCUCGAUACAUCUGGCACCAAGUCCAGAAACGAACACUGAGAGAAAAACUGCUGGAAAAGACCAAGAACACCUCCAUCGUACCGAUCCACAGCCUGUACUGACCAGGAUAUAUCUCUGAUGUCUACACAGCAUCACCUCUGGGAUUUACCAGGAAGACUCUUAUUGUGAAGGGAACACACUGACUGUUGGCUUUAAGAAGUGAGAUUUUAAUCUGAAAGACAGACCUGUUCAGACCUGUUGUUAUCAUCUGUUUAAUCUGAUAUCACUUCCUGCUCUAUAUGAAACAAACCCGUCCAUCACUGAGACAAACAGACUCCAUGUUUCUACUCAAAGACAGAAAGAAGUUCAUGUAGAACGUUUGCUGAAUUAACAAGAAGGUCCAAAUAAUGCAGAAUGAGUCAGAGAC